AUGUCCAGUCGAUUAGCACGCGGUUUCUUUCAUCGUGAUAUAUCAGGAUUUGAAGCCGAAAAAAUAUUACAAGAUAAAAAUAUUCCUGGUAGUUUUCUUGUACGACCAUCUCGUACUAAAUCUGAUGCAUAUGUACUUUCUGUUCGACGUGCAAAUGGUGAAAUAACACAUAUACGUAUUCAAAGAACAAAUGAAGGAUUUGAUUUAGGUGAAAGGCAAGAAUGUUUUUCAACAUUAUAUGAUAUGAUUGAUCAUUAUCGUCGAAAUCUUGGAGAAUUAAGAGAGAAAAAUAAUGAAAUUAUUGAAUUAACAACUCCUGUACUAGCACAAAUGCCAACAUUUGAAAAAUAUUAUCAUGGAUCAAUAUCACAUUCACAAGUUAUGGCUCUUUUAAAUAAAUGUGAACAUGCUGGAUCAUUUCUUGUUCGAGAUUCUGAAACAGCACUAGGUGAUUAUGUUAUAUGUAUUAAAACAUCGGAUGCUAUAGCUAAUAUUAAAAUAAGAUAUUCAAAUGGUCAAUGGUUUCUCGAUGGGAAAGGUCGACGAGAACAAAUCGAUCGUUUUAAAACAUUAGAUGAAUUAAUUCAUUUCUAUUUAAAACAUAAUAUUCUUAUAACGACAAAUGGUAUUGCUUUUCGUCUUGUACAACCAUGUACAUCGAAUUGGUUUUAUGCUCGUGAUAUUCAUCAACGUUGUGAACAUUUAUCAAAAUUAACUCCAUUACAGAAUGGACAAAAAAAUGGUUUUAGUGUUGAAUUUGAAUUAUUAAAUCAACAAUCAGAAUCUCAAUCAUCAACAUUUCAUAAACGAAAUGGUGAAAAACCAGACAAUAAAAUACGAAAUCGUUUUAAAAAUAUUUUACCAUAUGAUGAAACACGUGUUAUUCUAAAAAAUUAUCCAAUUACAGAUUAUAUGAAUGCAAAUCGUAUUCGAACACCAUUUGAAAAUAUCGGAAGAGAAUAUAUUGCUACUCAAGGACCAUUACCUGGAACAGUUAAUGAUUUUUGGCAUAUGGUACAACAAGAAACAGUUAAAUGUAUUGUGAUGAUUACACGAGAAACAGAAGGCAUGAAGAAUAAGUGUGCACGUUACUGGCCUGAUUUACAUACAACAAAACAAUAUGGUUCAAUAAUUGUUGAAAAUAUUCAUGAAGCAAAUUAUGGUCCAUCGCAAGUAUUGACUAAUACUUCACGUACACAUCGUUCGUUAAUGCCACCAGCAUCAAUUGAUGAUGAUUGUUGUUUUCGUUUACAUAUAUUAAGAAUAAUAACAGAAGAUCGACGAACAUGGGAAAUUUUUCAUUGGCAAUAUUUAGCAUGGGGUGAUCAUGAUGCUCCACUUAUUACAAAUCAACGUGAUAAUACUCAAUUGAAUGUACUUCUGGAUUUUUUUGAAAAAAUUUAUCGUUCAAGUCCACUCGGAAAUGAUAUGAAUACAUCUCCAAUGAUCGUUCAUUGUAGUGCUGGUAUUGGUCGUUCAGGUGCAACAAUUACAAUCGAUAUAAUAUUAAAUAGAAUUCGUACUGAAGGACUUGAUAUUGAAAUAGAUAUUCCAAAUUUAGUUAAAUAUAUUCGUUCACAAAGAUCAGGUCUUGUUCAAACUGAACGGCAAUAUGAAUUAAUCUAUCGUGUUAUUGAAUAUUUUGUUGAAAAACUUCUACAUUCAUUGGACAAUUCUAACAAAUAG